AUGCCGCUGAAAAAGAAGGGCCCCUUUCUGGGAAUCACUUCUGCUUUUCUGAAGCGGGGGAAAAACAAGCCCCGAUGUGAUGUUGCAACAUUUUUCAAGACACCCGGGCACCGGGAAGAUGGAGCCGGGGGCCGGGCCCGCUCGGGUGCCCCGCAGCUGGCCGCCCCGGGGCUGUGCAGGGCUCGGCGGGCGAGCGGCGGGGGCGCCUCCUCCUGGCUGCAGCUGGACGGGCACAGCUGGUUGCUGUGCUAUGGCUUCCUCUACCUGGCGCUCUAUGCUCAGGUGUCCCAGUCCAAGCCCUGCGAGAGGACUGGCUCCUGCUUCUCGGGUCGCUGUGUCAACUCCACCUGCCUGUGCGACCCGGGCUGGGUGGGGGACCAGUGCCAGCACUGCCAGGGCAGGUUCAAAUUAACAGAACCUUCUGGAUAUUUAACUGAUGGUCCCAUUAACUAUAAAUAUAAAACUAAGUGUACAUGGCUAAUUGAAGGCUAUCCAAAUGCAGUGUUAAGGUUAAGAUUCAAUCAUUUUGCUACUGAAUGCAGCUGGGAUCACAUGUAUGUUUAUGAUGGAGAUUCAAUAUAUGCGCCUUUAGUAGCUGUGCUUAGUGGCUUGAUCGUCCCUGAGGUGAGGGGCAACGAGACGGUGCCUGAGGUGGUCACCACGUCUGGCUAUGCGCUGCUGCACUUCUUCAGCGAUGCUGCGUACAACCUCACUGGCUUCAACAUCUUUUACUCAAUCAAUUCUUGUCCCAACAACUGCUCUGGCCAUGGAAAGUGUACAACCAGUGUGUCUGCUGCCAGUCAAGUGUACUGCGAGUGUGAUAAGUACUGGAAAGGGGAAGCGUGCGAUAUCCCCUACUGUAAAGCCAACUGUGGCAGCCCCGACCAUGGCUACUGCGACCUGACGGGAGAGAAGCUGUGUGUCUGCAAUGACAGCUGGCAAGGUCCGGAUUGUUCUCUGAAUGUCCCGUCUACUGAGUCUUACUGGAUUUUGCCAAAUGUUAAACCCUUCAGCCCUUCUGUAGGUCGGGCUUCACAUAAAGCAGUUUUACAUGGGAAAUUCAUGUGGGUGAUUGGAGGAUACACCUUUAACUAUAGUUCUUUCCAAAUGGUUCUGAAUUACAAUUUGGAAAGCAGUAUAUGGAAUGUCGGAGCUGUAUCAAGGGGACCUCUCCAGAGAUAUGGACAUUCUCUUGCUUUAUAUCAGGAAAACAUCUUCAUGUAUGGAGGCAGAAUUGAAACAAGCGACGGCAAUGUCACAGAUGAAUUAUGGGUUUUUCACAUACACAGUCGGUCUUGGAGCACAAAAACGCCCACUGUUCUGGGCCACGGUCAGCAGUACGCUGUGGAGGGGCAUUCGGCACACAUCAUGGAGCUGGAUAGUAGGGACGUUGUCAUGAUUGUCAUAUUUGGAUAUUCUGCAAUAUAUGGCUACACAAGCAACAUACAGGAAUAUCAUAUCUCUUCAAACACCUGGCUGGUUCCAGAAACUAAAGGAGCCAUUGUACAAGGUGGAUAUGGCCACACAAGUGUGUAUGAUGAAGUCACCAAGUCCAUUUACGUUCACGGCGGUUAUAAAGCAUUACCAGGCAAUAAGUAUGGAUUGGUGGAUGACCUGUAUAGGUAUGAAGUUAACACCAAGACUUGGACUAUUUUGAGAGAGAGUGGGUUUGCCAGAUGCCUUCACUCAGCUGUCCUAAUCAAUGGAGCUAUGCUCGUUUUUGGAGGAAACACUCAUAAUGACACUUCCCUGAGUAACGGUGCAAAAUGUUUUUCUGCCGAUUUCCUGGCAUAUGACAUAGCUUGUGAUGAAUGGAAAACGUUACCUAAACCAAAUCUUCAUAGAGACGUCAACAGAUUUGGACACUCUGCCGUCGUCAUCAAUGGGUCAAUGUACAUAUUUGGAGGAUUCUCUAGCGUGCUCCUGAGUGACAUCCUUGUGUACAAGCCUCCAAACUGCAGAGCCUUCCGAGACGAAGAGCGCUGUAGAAAUGCUGGCCCAGGGAUAAAAUGCGUGUGGAAUAAGAACCACUGUGAAUCUUGGGAGACUGGGAAUAUGAACAAUAUUCUCAGAGCAAAGUGUCCCCCUAAGACAGCUGCUCCUGAUGACAGAUGUCACCGAUAUGCAGACUGUGCCAGCUGCACCGCCAACACAAACGGGUGCCAGUGGUGCGAUGAUAAGAAGUGCAUUUCAGCAAGCAGUAACUGCAGCAUGUCUGUCAGAAACUACACCAAAUGCCAUGUAAGGAAUGAGCAGAUUUGCAACAAGCUCACAAGCUGUAAAAGCUGUUCACUGAACUUGAACUGCCAUUGGGAUCAGAGGCAGCAGGAAUGUCAGGCUUGGCCAGCUCACCUUUGUGGAGAAGGCUGGAAUCAUGUUGGGGAUGCCUGUCUGCGAAUCAAUUCCAGUAGAGAAAGUUAUGACAAUGCGAAGCUUUAUUGCUAUAAUCUCAGUGGAAACCUCGCUUCUCUGACAACUUCCAAGGAGGUAGAGUUUGUGUUGGAUGAAAUACAGAAGUACACACAGCAGAAAGUGUCGCCGUGGGUAGGCUUACGCAAGAUCAACAUUUCCUACUGGGGAUGGGAGGACAUGUCGCCCUUCACAAACACAACGCUGCAGUGGCUCCCUGGAGAGCCGAAUGACUCCGGGUUCUGUGCUUAUCUGGAGAGGGCUGCAGUGGCAGGGCUGAAAGCAAACCCUUGUACGUCUAUGGCGGAUGGCCUUGUCUGCGAAAAGCCCGUUGUCAGUCCAAAUCAAAACGCAAGGCCAUGCAAGAAGCCAUGCUCCCUGCGCACCUCUUGCUCCAACUGCACCAGCAAUGGCAUGGAGUGCAUGUGGUGUAGCAGCACAGAGCGGUGCGUGGACUCCAACGCCUACAUCAUCUCCUUCCCGUACGGACAGUGUCUGGAGUGGCAGACGGCCACCUGCUCCCCUCAAAAUUGUUCUGGAUUAAGAACCUGUGGACAGUGCUUGGAGCAGCCUGGCUGUGGCUGGUGCAACGACCCCAGUAACACGGGGAGAGGGUACUGCACUGAAGGGUCGUCCCGGGGACCAGUGAGAAUUCGCGGAGCACACAACAGUGAGGCGGUUCUCGACACCAGUUUGUGCCCCAAAGAGAAGAACUACGAGUGGUCUUUCAUCCAGUGUCCAGCUUGCCAGUGUAACGGACACAGCACUUGCAUCAACAACAACGUCUGUGAGCAGUGCAAGAAUCUCACCACUGGGAGGCAGUGUCAGGACUGCAUGCCUGGGUAUUAUGGAGACCCCACCAAUGGAGGGCAGUGCACAGCUUGUACAUGCAGUGGCCAUGCGAACAUCUGUCAUCUGCACACAGGGAAGUGUUUCUGUACGACUAAAGGAAUCAAAGGUGACCAGUGCCAACUAUGCGACUCUGAAAAUCGCUAUGUUGGUAAUCCACUCAGAGGAACAUGUUAUUACAGCCUUCUGAUUGACUACCAGUUCACCUUCAGUCUGUUGCAGGAAGAUGACCGCCACCACACCGCCAUCAACUUCAUCGCCAAUCCAGAGCAGUCAAACAAAAAUUUGGACAUUUCGAUUAAUGCUUCCAACAACUUUAAUCUCAACAUUACAUGGUCAGUUGGCUCAACAGGAGGAACAAUAUCUGGGGAAGAGACUCCUAUAGUUUCUAAGACAAAUAUAAAGGAAUACAGAGAUAGCUUUUCCUAUGAAAAAUUCAACUUCAGAAGCAAUCCUAAUAUCACAUUUUAUGUGUAUGUCAGCAACUUCUCCUGGCCUAUUAAAAUACAGAUCGCGUUUUCCCAGCACAACACCAUCAUGGACCUCGUGCAGUUCUUCGUCACCUUCUUCAGUUGCUUUUUAUCCUUGCUGCUGGUGGCUGCUGUGGUUUGGAAGAUCAAACAGACUUGCUGGGCUUCCCGACGGAGAGAGCAACUGCUCCGAGAGCGACAGCAGAUGGCCAGCCGUCCCUUCGCCUCCGUGGACGUAGCGCUGGAAGUGGGAGCCGGACAGACAGACUUCCUGCGCGGGCCCUUAGAGGGCGCACCUAAGCCAAUAGCCAUAGAACCCUGUGCUGGGAACAGAGCCGCUGUCCUGACGGUGUUUCUCUGUCUGCCGAGAGGAUCAUCGGGCGCCCCACCCCCUGGGCAGUCAGGCCUUGCUAUCGCCAGUGCCCUGAUAGACACCUCACAGCAGAAGCCUUCUGAUAAUAAAGACAAGACUUCUGGGGUCCGCAACCGUAAACACCUCUCCACACGGCAAGGAACUUGUGUCUGAAUGGAGACCUCUUCUGUUCUGUGUGCUGGUUUACUUCACAAAUGGCUUCCGUUAGAGCUGUUCUGUGGCCUUGGGUUUUACAGAGGUUUAUGUCCUAUGAUCCAGGGUCCAUGUACAGUUCCCUCUAAGUGGGCAAUGUCCCAAGUGGCCAAAGAAUGCCAGUGAGUUUUUUAAAAGUAGCAGUAUUGAUGGUCACAAGUGAUAGUCAGUUUUUAUGGCUCUCGUAGGCUUAGAGCUAACAUAACUUACUAUGGAAAGAGAUGUAUAUUGUUUCUUAAUGCAAAUGGAAAUAUGUAAUUCAUAUAAACCAACUGUUUAUAUCCCAAGACUUUAAAGAAAGACAUUUUAUAAUGCUUGAAUGGUAAGAAAUGUAUAGUUUUUUGCCUCAUUAGCAAACGUAGGCCAUUUGCAUAUGAGUAGGAAGUGAACAGAUCAUGGCAGCUGUAAUUGCUGUUGUCUCUCAUGAAUAUGAAAGCAAGGCUUUUAUUUAAUAAGCUGUAGGUCAUGUGUUUAAAUCUCCACAUGACCACAUAGUAUCCAGAGUCAACUUGAGACUGUAGCAAUCAGACCUGAGAGUUGGUCUGCAUGCAUGUGUCGCAGGGAGUUU